CCAACCGAAUCGACCUGCAUACUGCAUCGCAACAAACCAUCCUUCUCUUGGCACCUGUUGACCUGGAACCCGGACUUCAAAAGCAUCCACUUCCUCUGCUUGUUCCUCCGGCUGUCCAUCCUUUCAGUCUGUACGGCUCGCCUGCGGCCGUGUUGUAGACAUCAUGUCUUCCACACCGUGCCUCAGGGGCCGCAUCUCUUCGCCGCUUGAAGCCGGUCCCUCUAUUUCAGACGGUCACCAUCUCCCCAGCCCGGUCAACGAGGCGUUCGAAUAUGCUUCCAAGCGGCUGGGGAGAAAAGUGGGACAUAUCACGCUCCUAGUGGUUCGGAAGGACUACCAACUGCCUACCUCGCCGAUCACCUCCCCGACAUUUCCUCCUGGCUCUGUGCCCGCCUCAACCGUCGCCACACUGUCGAGACCGGCCUUUCCUACCACUUCACGGUUAGGGGCCUUGAAACAGCUUGUCCGGCAAAACUUCUCAGGAGAUGCGCAGAUACGUGAGAGGAUACUGCAUGUCCAUUUGGAUCAGUUCCGCAACGAUACCGCAUCACCAGCCUUUAGCGAGGCUUCCGCGGCUUCCGCAGCUUCGGCCUCGACGGUCUCAUCUGUGUCGACUUCCGAUUCAACCUUCAGUCACCGGGUACGGUGGCCUACGACUCCAACAGCAUAUGAAAGCGUGCCUGUGACACCAGCUACCCCGUUUACGGUCAUGUCCUCGUUAUCAGGGGCCGACGGAAACAGUGCAGUGUCACAGUCCUCGGUACGAGACUCGACGCGGUUUGGCUUGAGACUCGUCUAUGCCCACCCAUUAAGUCCACGGGAAGAGAAGGCCCUCUCCCAGGUUCUAGAAAAGUCGGCAAGGAAGUUCAAACUUGAUCCUCGCUGGCUCUCCCAAGCAGUCUCCCCCUCGACGCUUGGUCUCCCAGCCGACCUCGUUCUGAAGUCCACCGCCCAAAACGAGGUACUCUUCUCGUCGGAACACCUCACCCUCCUCUCUCUCGACCACCUCUACACGUUUCGCACAGCUCUGCAAGCCUACGCACGCUCCAACGUGCUUUGCCGCCUCGAAGAUGCCGUCGACGACCUACGACGCCUCUUUCUCGCCAACGGUCGCCGCCCAGUACGAAAGAGUGCCCUCCUGGCUGCUUACCGGUGGCUAGAUCCAAUCAGUGAUGCUUCUCUUACUGAGGUUUGCCGCAUGUAUGAGAGGGCAUACGGGGGAAAGGAGAGGGAAAGUGGGGUGAAGAACGAUAUUGAUCCUGCUCCGGCGUGGCCGCUUCUCGAGGGUGAUGUGAAUGCCACGGACGCGGAGCCAUUGUCGACCAAGAGAAUGGGCAUGUUGGCACCAGGACCUCGACCGGCUGAAGGACCCAAACCCCCACCGCAAGAAUCAGGGCAGCGGACUGAAACCCAUAUUCUCGAUCUGGUGGACGCCCUUGACAAGGAGAUCGUUGUGUCCGGUAGUACUGAUAUUGGCCUGGACGACGGGUCCCAGCUCGAUGAGUACGAAGCUUGGUACCGCGAAAUGCACGACGGCGAAGCGGCCGUCGAGAUCCAUCCCCUACGCUCCCACCCGGCGACAAUAACACCGGCUGUGACCGAGAUUCCGCACCCUCCACCAUCACCACCACCGGACCCCCCAACGACAGCUACCUUCCCAACUGACUGGCCCCAAUCAGACGAUCUCCAAUCAGAUGACGCGCCGCGGGUCGAAAUGCAGCGCACAACACCCAAGCUACGCCCUGCCCCCCCAGGGAAAUCACCCGCCCUCAAACUGCAAACGACGUUCGAUAAGCCGGUCGGCAAUGGUGGAAAGCAGUCCGCCAACAUGAAACAGCAACAUCUUACAGAACAGGGCCACGGCGAGCACGAAGAGGAGGAGCAACUGACAGCUCGCCCGCGCAGCGCCAUCAAAUCGUUUGCCGACGUGCGUUGGAGUUUUGACGAUAAUAUCGACAGUAACAACGGGAUGUCGAUCGAUGGGAUGCUGCAUGGGGAUCAUCGACAUCCGGAUGACGACGGUGAUGGUUCGAGGAAACCGCAGCAUCACCAGCAGCAACCGGAGGAGAGGGUUGGCCCCAUGACGCCGAAUGGGUACGACGAUAUCUCGCCUAUUACGAGGGGCGAGUGGGGUUUCUUGAUGUUUGGGAAGGGGAAGACGGCCAAGGUUGAGACAUGCUGAUGGUGCAUUACCUACCUUACCUUACGUACAUGCAUGGAACAAAUAAUUUGAACGGGCCACAUGGAGAAUGGAGAUCUCACACCUUGUUCGCGACUGUAAAGCCAAUUCAGUCAUGUGUUGUACAUAUUAUGUUGAAGCGCUCCGUUCAAGUGGC